AUGGUUGAGAGGAAAGGAAAUCAGUUUGUGGUAGGAGGGCAACCAUUCUAUGUGAAUGGGUUUAAUACCUACUGGCUCAUGGUUCUAGCAGUCGAUCCUUCGACAAGAGGGAAGGUUACAGAGACAUUUGAACAUGCUUCAGCAGUUGGUCUCACUGUCGGUCGAACAUGGGCCUUCAAUGAUGGCGGGUGGAGAGCGCUACAGAAAUCUCCUUCUGUUUAUGAUGAAGAUGUCUUCAAGGCGCUUGAUUUUGUGGUGAGUGAGGCAAAGGCGCAUAAUAUCAGGUUGAUACUGUCAUUAACGAAUAACUGGGAAGCAUAUGGUGGAAAGGCUCAGUAUGUGAAGUGGGGAAGAGCUGCAGGCCUGAAUCUCACUUCUGAUGAUGACUUCUUCAUUGAUCCCACUGUGAAAAGCUACUACAAAGCUCAUGUUAAGACGGUUCUCAAUAGAGUUAAUACAUUCACAAACAUCACAUACAAAGACGACUCAACAAUAUUCGCAUGGGAAUUAAUGAAUGAACCUCGCUGCCUUGCUGAUGCUUCAGGCAACAACCUACAGGCAUGGAUAGAAGAAAUGGCAUUCCAUGUAAAAUCGAUUGACUCAAAGCAUCUAGUCGAGAUUGGGCUUGAAGGCUUCUAUGGAACCUCGACGCCUGAUCGUCUUCAGUUCAAUCCCAACACCUUCGCCUGUCAAGUCGGCACCGACUUCAUAAGGAACCAUCAAACACUAGGCAUCGACUUUGCAACAGCCCACAUCUACCCAGAUGCCUGGAUAUCAAAUACGAUCUCGGACUUGCAUCUCCAAUUCACCGAGUCCUGGAUGCAGAGCCACAUUGAUGAUGCAGAGGAUUUGCUCGGAAUGCCGGUGGUGUUCGCAGAGUUCGGAGUGUCUGACAAAGAUAAGAACUUCAGUGUUAGUUUCAGGGAUCAGUUCAUUGAUAUGGUUUACAAGAACAUUCUGAACUCUGCAAAGAGAGGAGGGAGUGGAGCAGGUAGUCUUCUAUGGCAGCUAUUCCCAGAAGGAACUGAUUAUAUGGAUGAUGGCUAUGCAGUGGUUCUUACGAAAUCUAUUUCUACAUCAAAUAUUCUGUCUCUGCAGUCAAGGAGGAUACAGAUGUUCAAUUCAAAAUGUUCAUGGAGGUGCCACUGGGGUUGCAGAAAGAAGAAGAGCUCAGUGGAUGGCUUGUUUUCUCAGCAUAAUCAACUCUGA